AUGACAGGUCGCUCCAAAGACCUCCUGACCGAUAGACCUCCGGCCCAACUGACCCGGUCACGUAUGGUCGGAGUCAACAGCAGCCGAACGCCAUAUGUCGGGAAGCAAGUGCAAAUCCAACCCCACCUCCAUGUGGUGCACUGUGGGCAUCAGGCCCUACCCCUGGAUCACGACCUGAUGGCCAACGGGGCUCUGGCUGCAGGAGCCGGAGACUUCUGCAGCAGUACACCAGCCAGACACAUGUCUACAGGACCUGCUCUGGGGCUGACAACCCCUGAGAAGGGAACCUUCAAGUUACAUUAUGGAGAGACAGUGGUAUAG